AUGAAGAUCAGUUUCUUGACCACUGUUAUUCCUCCUACUGAAAUGCAUGCUGAGGAGAGCACACGGCUCAAGAAGCUGUGUGAUUGUGGUCUAACAGAGGAAAGUGGUUCUGCUCUCGCCACAGUGCUGAGAUCAAACCCCAGUCUGAAAGAGCUUGACAUCAGCAACAAUAAUCUGCAUGAUUCAGGAGUGAAGAAACUGCAUGAUGGAUUAGAAAAUACAAACUGUACACUGCAGAAACUCAAACUUUCAAACUGCAGUAUCACUGAAGAAGGUUAUAAAGCUCUGGCUUCAGCUCUGAGAUCAAACCCUUCAUACCUGAUAGAGCUGGAUCUCACAGGAAAUGAUCCUGGAGAAUCAGGAGUGAAGCAGCUCAAUGAUAUACUACAGGAUCCAAACUGUAAACUAAAGACACUGAGAUUUUUGGGUCCUGUUGCAGAUGAAGCCUGUCAGUAUGUGACUGGAAUUGUGGGUAAAAACCCGCUACUCCUGAGAGAGCUGAAUCUGAGUGAACUUGAACUAGGUGACACACGAGUGAAUCAGAUAGCUGCUCUACUGCAGGAUAAACACUGUAAACUUAACACACUGAAUCUGAAUAACAGUGACAUAACAGAAGAAGAUUGUCAAGUUCUGGAUGAAGCUUUAAAUUUAAACCCUUCAAAUCUGACAGAGUUGAAUCUGAGUGGGACAAAACUCAGAAACUCAGGAAUGAAGAUCUUCUCGGCUUUGUUUAAGAAUGAACAGUGUAGACUGAAAAAGCUGAAGUUGAAUUCCAUUUGUAUUACUGAAGAAGGUUGUACUGCUCUGGCUUCAGCAUUCAAUUCAAACCCUUCAAACCUAAUAGAGCUGAAUCUGAGUGGGAAUAAACUAGGAGACUCUGGAGUAACUGAAAUCUCAAGUCUAUUGAGAAAUUCACAAUGUUCACUUCAGAUACUCAGACUCUCAAACUGCAGUAUCACUGAAGAAGGUUAUAAAGCUCUGGCUUCAGCUUUGAAAUCAAACCCUUCACACCUGAUAGAACUGGAUCUCACAGGAAAUGAUCCUGGACAAUCAGGAGUGAAGGUGCUUGAUGAUUUACUACAGGAUGAAUGCUGUAAAUUAUCCAUCAGGUUUUUGAAAAGUCCUGCUGCUGAGGACGCAUGUGAUUAUCUCACUAAAGUUCUGAAAAUAAGUCCAUUAAUUUUGAAAGAAGUGGAUCUGAGUGAUGAUAAAUUAGGAGAUCUGGAUUGGGAGAAGCUCUCUGCUCUUUUGAUGGACUCUCAUAGCAAACUGGAGAAAAUGAAGCUGAAUAAUUGUGAGCUGACAGAGAAAAACUGUUCAGUUCUAGCUACUGUUCUCUCCUCCAAAACCAUCCUGAAAGAACUGAACCUGAACAACAGCCGACUGCUAGACUCAGGAGUCAAAGAGAUCUGUGAGGGAUUGAAAAAUCCUGUGUGUGAGCUGAAGAUACUCAAGCUUUCAGACUGCAGUAUUACUGAAGAAGGUUAUAAAGCUCUGGCUUCAGCUCUGAGAUCAAACCCUUCACACCUGAUAGAGCUGGAUCUCACAUUAAAUGAUCCUGGAGAAUCAGGAGUGAAGGAGCUUGAUGAUUUUCUACAGGAUCCAAACUGUCAACUGAAGACACUGAGGUUGUUACAAAGUCCUGAAGCAGAAGCAGCGUGUAAAUAUCUAACUGAAGUUCUUCAAAUCAAAAACCCGUUACUCCUGAGAGAUCUGAAUCUGAGUGAACGUGAACUAGGAGACACACAAGUAAAUCAGAUUGCUGCUCUACUGCGGGAUAAACAUUGUAAACUCAACACACUGAAGCUGUGUGAUUGUGGUCUAACAGAUGAAAGCUGUUCACCUCUCGCUACAGUCCUGAGAUCAAACCCCAGUCUGAUAGAGCUCGAUAUCAGCAACAAUAAACUGCAGGAUUCAGGAGUGAUGAAACUCCAGAAUGGAUUAGAAGAUAGAAACUGCACACUGCAGAAACUCAGACUUUCAAACUGCAGUAUCACUGAAGAAGGUUAUAAAGCUCUGGCUUCAGCUCUGAGAUCAAACCCGUCACACCUGAUAGAACUGGAUCUCACACGAAAUGAUCCUGGAGAAUCAGGAGUGGAGCAUCUCAGUGAGUUACAACAGGAUCAGAACUGUAAGCUGAAGACACUGAGGGUUUUGAGACGUUCUGAUGCAGAUGAAGGGUGUCAGUAUGUGACUGGAAUUGUGGGUACAAACCCGUUACUCCUGAGAGAGCUGAAUCUGAGUGGAUGUGAACUAGGAGACACACGAGUGAAUCAGAUCUCUGCUCUACUAAAAGAUAAACACUGUAAAUACAACACACUGACUCUGUGUGAAUGCAGUAUUACAGAGAAACCGUGUUUCAUCCUGACUUCAGCUCUGUGUGUAAACCUUUCACACCUGAAAGAGCUCAACCUGAGUGGAAAUAAAAUAGAAAACAAAGGAGUAAAGCAUAUAUGUGAAAUGCUGAUUGAUUCACGCUGUAAACUGGAGAGAUUGAGGUUAGGAUCCUGUAAUUUGACAGAUGAAGGGUGUUCUGAUCUGACUUCUGCACUGAAAUUAAACCCAUCACAUCUGAGAGAACUGGACCUGAGUGAGAAUCAACUAGGAGACUCUGGACUGAAAAACAUUUGUGAUCUACUGAUGAACCCUCAAUGCAAGCUGGAAAAACUAGAUCUAAAUGACUGUGGCAUUACAGAAGUUGCUAUUCUGGCUCAGUCUUUGGCUGAGAAUAAUGCACUGGUAUUUUUAAAAGAGCUUGAUCUGAGUAAAAAUAACAUAGGACACUCCAAAACGCAGCUCAUCGAUGUGCUACGAGACUCCAGCUGUAACCUGAGCCUGUAGGAAGAACAUUCGCCUCAAUCCUCAGAACAAUCCGAACAAUCCUCAGAAGGUUGUCAGUUUAGUACUGGAAUAAAUCAAUAUGUAUAAUGGUAGUUUUAGUUAGAUACUGCAAAACAGCAAUUAAAGAGCCAGUAAGAUGAAAAUUCUAAGCCUCCUAUCACUGUUUAUAAGUCCUGUACAACAGGUUUAAAUCCAUCCAAGGUUAAAAAACAUUGUCAUUUUGUCAAAAUAUCAUUUUAGAAUUACCUCAAUUCUCAGAGAUCCCCAAACGGUUCGCGCGAAGCUGUUCAAAAGAUUCAGUUUCCUUAAACCCCACCUUUCGGUAGCAUACUUUGUUAUGAUUGGUCAACUAACAUAGUCAGUUUUGAUUGGUUGUUCCGCACACAACGUCACGGUAAACAAUGCAUUAGCAUCUGUUUGGGGUGAAUUAUGUCUUAUUCCUCUCAUCGCGAAGCAAACAGUAAAAUAAAAAACUUGAACAGUCUCGCUGCUUUUUCUUCUGUGUGGGUGUAUUCAAGCCCCGCGCUUCAGUUUGAAUCUGAAUAGCGCGUUCAGCGCAGGGGCGUGGUCACAUUAGAUGUAACGAAGGGAGAUGUGAAAGAUUGGACAUCAUGUUGUUUCAUAUGGAUUACUUUAUCACCGAAUAUCUGUUUUCGGCAGCACUUGUUUAGUCUUAAAGUAGACAUGUCAAGCUUUCUAUAGAUAUCUCUCUCAUGUCUCUUCGUUGAGUAUUCACGGAGUUACACUUCAUUUUAAUGACGUGUUUGUAAAUGAAGAUCAGCGCCGACUUUUUCGGGGUUAUCAGGGGAAAAUGACUCAUAACGCGUAUCCGCGUUAAUCGACUCCAGAGGGUUUUAACAUAUAACUGUUAGUGCUAGCGCGACAUACUGAUAAGACGCUCAAGAGAAAACAAACACAUAACUUCAUAAUCAUACUUCGCAUUGUGAUUCGGAGAUGCUUGUUGGUCUAAAUAAAGUUGGUAAUGAACCCUCUUUUAUGGCCAAACGCUUUGAAAAUCCCACCUUGAACUCACCGAGAUUAGAAAAGCAGUCAUCAGUGAAAUGCCAUUGGUUCUUCUGAUCUUCAUUCUUUGGCAGUGAAAAUAAAACAAACUUGCCUUUACAAUUAAAAACACACUGUCUCCUCGAAAUGAUGCUCUCACACCAACCAGAGCGUCUGUUUUGGGGGGUGGGGCAGGUCAGAGUUCAGUUUCUCUCAAGACGGUAGGCGGAGAUUAUUAUGUAAAGUGUCCCUAGUGACGUACAUAGAGAUGGGCAAAAGAUUUGAAAUCUAUAACGACUCGUUUCAGCGAUUCAGAGUCGACUCCUUACUUUAGAAGCCAAUAACUUUAUAAAUCGUGUACUUUUUGGUUUAAUUACUUUGCACAUUGUUUACACUGAUGGACAGCUACAUCAUACACUGUAAUAUAGGUAAUUUUUGAUUUCCCAUCUGUGUGGCUCUUUAAUUAAUACAAACAAUGCCAUGUAGAUCUUAGAGCUUCAAACAGCACUGCUUUAUCAAAUGUAAUGUUGAUUAUUCUAGCUCUUAUGUAUUACCGUACUAAUGUAUAAGUAAAACAGGAUUAGACCUUAAAAUUAAAUCAUAAUCAUACACCAGUUCAGAUAGUUCAGAUGAUUUAAAUAUUUUCUUCUCAUGUAAUGUGUUUGCAUAUUGUAAAUUUAAAAAUAAAAAAUCUUGAUC